AAACGAAAGUCCCAUAAAUAACGAAACGACACAAUCAACAAUGACUGCUACACCUGUCAAGGAUAAAUGUCUGAACAUUACAACCCUGGAUGCGAAGGAUAUCCGAUGGCCAACUUCGCUGGGGGCUCACGGAUCGGAUGCGAUGCAUACGGAUCCGGAUUAUUCGUGUGUUUACGUGACGAUUCACACUGCUGAGGGAAUUUACGGCAAUGGGCUUACUUUCACCUUGGGUCGCGGAACGGAUAUCGUCCUGCUUGCGGUUAACGCGAUGAAGCGAUUCGUUGAGAGCCGUACCACUGCAAGCAUUUAUCAGAAUUUUUCUCAAUUUUGGCGCGAAAUCACCAGCGAAUCACAACUGCGAUGGAUUGGUCCUGAGAAAGGUGUUACGCAUCUGGCCGUUGCUGCGAUAAUCAACGCCCUGUGGGAUUUGUGGGGCAAGAUUCGUGGGGUUCCGGUGUGGAGACUUUUGUCAGAAAUGGAACCGGAGGAACUUGUAUCUACUAUCGACUUUCGAUACAUUACGGAUGCAAUCUCACCGAAAGAAGCGAUUCACAUUCUAAGUGAAAGUAAACCAAUGCGUAAAGCAAGGAUUGAUGAUCUCCUUCGUAGUGGCUAUCCAGCUUAUAUGACACAAGUUGGUUGGCUUGGUUACAGUGAUGAGCAAAUCCGUUCGCUAUGUCAGAAAUACAUUCAGGCUGGAUUCACCGCAUUCAAAAUUAAGGUUGGCCAAAAUGUGGAGAACGAUAUCAAACGAUGCAAGCUGGUCAGGGAAGAAAUUGGCUGGGAUAACAAGCUGAUGGUCGAUGCCAACCAAAUUUGGGAUGUGAGUACCGCUAUCGAUUGGAUGAAAAAUUUGAAGGAUUUUAAGCUGCUGUGGAUCGAAGAACCUACAUCCCCCGACGAUGUCUUGGGUCAUAAGAAAAUUGCUGAUGCCAUGAGGGAAUACAAUAUUGGAGUUGCAACUGGAGAAAUGUGCUGCAAUCGUGUACUGUUCAAACAAUUUCUACAGGCAAAUGCGUUGGAAUUUUGCCAGAUAGAUUCUGCUAGAAUCGGAGGUGUGAACGAAAUUCUAUCGGUUUAUUUAAUGGCGAAGAAAUUUAAUGUGAAAGUAUGCCCCCACGCUGGUGGUGUAGGACUGUGUGAGAUGGUACAGCAUUUGCAAAUGUGGGACUACACGUCCGUUUCAUGUACUAAAGACGACCGGAUGAUUGAGUUCGUUGAUCAACAGCAUGAACAGUUUGUUAAUCCGGCCAUUAUCAAUGAAAAUGCCUGCUAUAUAGCUCCCAAUGUGCCAGGGUAUUCAACAGAGUUGAAACCGGAGGCGAUUUCAAUGUUUGAAUAUCCACGUGGUUCCGAGUGGCAGCGGAUGUUUGCGAAGGGAAUCUUCAAGAAGGAGGAAUAUUAGAGGAGGGAGGUAAAACAUAACGAUAAUUUUGUGUU